CACUUGGUGGUCUUCGCUCCCACCCGGCGGAGCGCUGGGAGCUCCCGGGGCCGCCACUCCCAGCGCGGACAGGGCUGGCCUGGCUCGCCGCCCCUGCGUGGUAUGCGAGAGCCGGGGCACGCGCGGAGACACGCGGUUAUCUGUCUGAAGUCUAGGAAGUAAAAAUCGAGUGGAUGCUGGCAAGUACCCAUGGCAGCAGUUACUUCAUUGCAUUUGUUCUGACUGGACUGUAACUUGGAAACCUUUUAUAGAAUGAAGAGGAACAAUUUAUCUGUGGUGAAUAAAAUUGUCCAGUCAUCACCAGCAGCAAAACAGUCAAAACUUGGCUUCUACUCUUCUCUCAACCAGACUCGUGUGUGCACUGUUCUACUCGAUUGGGGAAGUUUACCUCAUCAUGUAGUGUUACACAUUUUCCAGUAUCUUCCUUUAAUAGAUCGAGCCCGGGCUUCUUCUGUAUGUAAGACGUGGAAUGAAGUUUUUCAUAUUCCUGAUCUCUGGAGAAAGUUUGAAUUUGAACUGAACCAAUCAACUAUUUCAUAUUUUAAAUCCAGUCAUCCUGAUCUCAUUCAGCAGAUCAUUAAAGAAUAUUCUGCCCAUCUCCAAUAUGUCAUCAUUAAAGUUGAUAGUAGUACAGAAUCAGCAGAAGCUGCCUGUGAUAUACUUUCUCAGCUGGUACAUUGUUCUAUCCAGACCUUGAGCUUGAUUUCAACAGCCAAGCCAAGUUUUGUGAAUAUGUUAAAGUCUCAUUUUGUAUCAGCACUUAGAAUUGUUUUUGACAAUUCAAAGUCGUUAUCAUCAGUCAAAAUUGAAGACACACCAGUGGACGAUCUUUCAUUGAAAAUUCUCGUGGCAAAUAAUAGUGGCACGCUACAACUCUUAAAAAUGAGUAACUGUCCUCAUGUUUCAUCUGAUGGAAUCCUUUGUGUAGCUGAUCAUUGUCAAGGCCUUAGAGAACUGGCAUUGAAUUAUUACAUUUUAAGUGAUGAACUUCUCCUAGCACUUUCAAGUAAGACUCAUGUUAACCUUGAACAUCUUCGAAUUGAUGUUGUGAGUGAAAACCCUGGACAAAUUGAAUUUCAUUCUAUUCAAAAACAAAGUUGGGAUGCACUUGUUAAACAUUCUCCUGGAGUAAAUAUUGUUAUGUACUUCUUUUUAUUAGAAGAGGAAUUUGAAACAUUCUUCAAAGAAGAAAUCCCUGUCACUCAUCUAUAUUUUGGUCGUUCAGUAAACAAAACAAUUCUAGGGCGGAUAGCUCUUAACUGUCCACGACUAAUUGAAUUAGUGAUAUCUGCUAAUGGUCUUCAAAUUCUUGAUAAUGAACUUAUUUGUAUUGCUGAACACUGUAAAAACUUGACAGCUUUGGGCCUCAGUGAAUGUGAAGUUAGCUGCAGCGCUUUCAUUGAGUUUGUAAGACUAUGUGGGAGAAGGCUGACACAGCUCUCCAUUAUGGAAGAAGUUUUGAUCCCUGAUGAAGAGUAUAGUUUAGAUGAAAUCCACACUGAAGUCUCCAAAUAUCUGGGCAGAAUGUGGUUCCCUGAUGUCAUGCCUAUCUGGUAGCUCUGGUAAUCUACCAGAGAUUCUUAACAUUCUUUUAAUCAGUAAACUUAGCUUCUUUUUCUCUAUGCAAAUGUAAAGCUGCAUGGCUGAAAUGCUUUACGUAAAUUAUUUUAUUGUUUGCAAAUUGUCUUAAUGAAUUUUAGUAGAAACAGUUGAAAGAAAUAGAAGAAAUUUGAAUAACCAGAUAUCUUAGUCAAUAGUGUACAAACACUGUAUUGUGGAUUAGAUACUUGAUAUACUAAAAACUACAAAGGUUUCUAAAUAAGUUCUUCAAUCUUCCUUGAAGGCAUAUCUUGCUACAUAAAUAUAUAAUAUUGAACUUCUGAGGCCUUAAAUUGUCAUUUACAACUUUAUGUUGUUUGAUUGCUUC